AUGGCUAACUUCUUGUCUUCUAUUAUUGAAUGGUCUGGAUUUGAGUGUUCGUCUCUUCUGUAUCAGGUUCUUUUUAUAACUUCCACUAACAGGGGAUAUUCCCGAUGGGGUGGCAUUAGCAUCAGUCAGCGGGAAGAGUUGGACUGGCGCGAGGUGAUCACGGAAGCUGAGCAGAUUGUGGGCUAUCCAACCUCCUUCUUGAACCUUCGGUGGCUUUUCAACGACGAGAUUGCUAAUACUGCUAUUCAUCUCAGGAAAUUGGUAGGAACCAACCAUCCUUUACUAAAAUCGGCAAAAAACCUCCUUAUCGGCUCCAAAAGCAACCUGCAAUCUGUAGGACUUAUAGUGCUAUUAGUGUCAAAAGCUGCGGGUUUCGAGGGUCACAUGAAGGACCUACAUGAUUCCGGGGUUCUUCACUCCCAAAGGGCGUUGGCAGAGAUUGUGGAAAUGAAGAGAACCGGCCACCUGAUACACAAGACCAUGGCUAAUCUGCAGGAGAAGGAAAAAUAUGGGGACAAGUUUAAUGAUCUCCUGUAUGGUAACAAGAUUGUAAUGUUGACAGGCGAUUACCUGUUGGCGACAUGUCUGCAGCAUUUAGGAGGUCUACGCAACAACGAAGUGACAGAGCUGAUAUCCACCGGCCUGAGAGACCUCGUCGAAGGCGAUUUCCUCGGCGAACACGACGUCGACAACAACCCCUUGCCGAGCCGACCGAAAGCCAGUAACGAAAUGAAGGGCCACUACAACUGGGAAGACGAAGAUAAUUUGGCGAAGCUUGGCUCAAACGAGUACCUUGGCCAAGGCAAAGACGAGUGGCUCCUUCGGACGAUGCUCACAUCUGGCAGUUUACUUGGCAAGGGUUGCCAAGGCGCAAUGAAUCUUUCCAAACAGAAACAUUUGGAAAGAGACGCGUAUAUACUUGGCGGACAUUUGGCAAUUAUUUGGCAGCUUUAUUUGGACGUCAAAGACUUCUUUACACACCCACAUUCUUAUUCUUUAGUCGGGGCGCCAGUGACUUUGGCUAUAUGGGAGUAUCCUACAGUUUACAGCUACAUAAUCGAGGCGAAAUUGGAAAAGAAGCCAAUAGAAUAUAAACAGUUGUAUUACGCAGUGCGCAGUACAAGAGCUUUCGAAUACUUGACCAAGUUUCUGGAAGAAGAAAUGGCGGCCAUUUUGAAGUGCAGUACCAAGUUUCCGGUAGAGGAUGCCCGGUCAGCGAUACAGAAGAUGGCAGUUACGAUACACAGUGAGACAAUUCAGUAUAUUGAGUGAAAAUAAAUUUCUACUGUCAA